CUACCUCAAACUUUUCAGUGUUUGGUUAUGUAUGUGAAGUCUAGCUGUGGAUGUGGAGUAGACAAACAGAAAGGGUUACAAAGCAAACACUCAGAGGAGCAGUACACACCUACUCAGACUUGUACACAGAGCAAGUUAGAAAAUGAGUACUCGGACUUCAUUGCACAGUUCACCAAAGCGUUCGCGAAAAAGUAAGAAGACGGAGCUGCUCAAACACCAGGCACAAAGAUGGAUACCUCUGCAGACCUGCAGUCAUUCUGUUACAUGCCAGUCAGAGAAGGCCUGGAAAAUUCAACUACCUCUGGCUUCCUCUUGUGAUAAAUACUCCAGUUCUGGGACACACAGAUUUGCCAACACGGUGGAUGAACUUCUGCAGAAUCACAUGGCUUACUCUAUCCAGGAGGAGGGUGGAGAUGCCAAUUGGCAACUGGUAGCAGAGGAAGGGGCGAUGAAGGUAUACAGGAGAGAAGUGGAGGAGAACGGCAUCAUCCUGGAUCCCCUUAAAGCUACACAUGCUGUCAAGGGGGUAACUGGACAUGAGGUCUGCCACUACUUCUGGGACACUGCAGUCCGAUUGGACUGGGAGACCACUGUUGAAAAUUUCCAUGUUGUGGAAAAGCUCUCUGAUAAUGCCAUCAUUGUUUACCAGGCUCACAAGACAGUGUGGCCCGUCACUCAGAGAGAUGUACUCUUUCUGUCAGCCAUCAGGAUGAUUCCACCAAGAAAUGAAAAUGACCCAGACACAUGGCUGGUCUGCAACUUCUCUGUGGACCACGACGAUGCCCCUCCCACAAACCAGUGUGUUCGUGCCAAAAUCAACGUUGCCAUGAUUUGCCAAACACUGGUCAGCCCACCAGAGGGUGAUAAAGAGAUCAGCAGAGACAACAUCCUAUGUAGGGUCAGUUAUGUUGCCAAUGUAAACCCAGGAGGCUGGUUUCCAGCAUCAAUCCUCAGACCUGUGGCCAAGAGAGAAUAUCCCAAAUUCCUCAAACGCUUCACCUCCUACGUCCAGGAGAAAACUGCUGGGAAGCCCAUCCUUUUCUAAAUUCAAACAGGGAACCAGGACCCCAAAGACAAGUUGACUGGCAGCUACAUCUUGUAUAAUUAAUUGUGUGUGUGUGUGUGUGUGUGUGUGUG